AGGGCCGCCCACGGGUCGCUAGUACUGUCACGUGAUAUGGGGGAAAAAAUGUGUGCUGCGGCCACCAUUUUGCUGAAAGAGGAGGAGCGUUUAAUUUUCUGGCUCCAUUGCCUAGCCCUGCGGUAUCGCGGCUCGCCACGUCCUGUGAUCCCUGAGCCUCCCCCAGCCCACGGGACCUUUCCUUUUGCACUCUGAUUCCAGGACCUUCUCUACGACUAAGCCGUUCUGCCUUUUUGAUCUCUUGACCUCUGGUUCAAAGGUCAGCUUGGAUUCCGAACUCGGGAUAUGAGGGGUUACAGAGCCUAAAUUCCCUAGUCUGUAGCCCGGGGCCCUGAAGUCCCACUCUUUAGCUCGCCUCGGGUCCGACCCUUCAUUUUUCCCAGAACUGACUCCCGAGUUUCUAAACCUGGCCCCGUAUAAUACUGUAACUUUUACUAAAGCAACCCCAAACCACAAAUCUAAUUCCGAGUAAAAGACCGCACCCGGUUCACUGUUAGAUCCCUGAUGAUUUGAGUCCGCUCAACCCUUGCUCCCCGGUUCCAAAUGUCAGUCCUGGGCCUUUUAGCCCCGCUGCUCGACACUCAGGUUCUGGAAGUUCGCCCUAAAACCUUCAGAACUUCCAUCCCUGUGACUCACUCAUUUUAGAGGAUCCAUCCCUCUCCCAUUCUCGAUCUUCCAGGCUAUACAUGCUGGAGACCUAAAAAUGAGUUCUCCAUGCUUUCCUCCCCUAGAGCCCCCAGCCCUUUCUCCAGAAACCCCUGUUCCCCAAGGGCCCGUAGCUCCACCUCUUCCUCUACCCUCAGACCUCUCCAGUUUGGCUUUUCCACUCCCUGCCUCAAGUCCCCAGGCCCCAAUUCCCCCACCACCCCCAUUGCCGCCUCCACCCCCUGUUGGGGGGCUGGCCCCCCCUCAUGUCUUCGGCCUAGAGAAGAGCCAGCUCCUGAAGGAGGCCUUAGAGAAGGCGGGCCCAGUACCCGGGAGCAGAGAUGACGUCAAGAGGCUCCUGACGCUGCAGAAGGACCGUUUCAGAAGUGACUUGUGGUGGAUCCUCUUCUGUGCAGACCUGCCCUCCCUCCUCCAGGAAGGCCCUCAGUGCGGGCUGGUGGCCUUGUGGAUGGCAGGCACACUCCUGGCACCCCCCAGCGGCAUCCCCCUGGAGAGACUUGUGCAGAUGGCCAUGGACAGAGGCUACACGGCCCAGGGAGAGAUGUUCUCCGUGGCUGACAUGGGCAAGCUGGCCCAGGAGGCACUUGGCUGCCAGGCUGAGCUGCUCUGCGGUGGCCUGGGGGGUCCCAACAGAGAACGUGUCCUGCGGCACCUUGUCUCUGGCCAUCCCUUGCUCAUCCCCUAUGACGAGGACUUCAACCACGAGCCGUGUAAGAAGAAAGGCUACAAGGCCCACUGGGCCGUGAGCACAGGGGUCCUGCUGGGGACGCAGGCUGUGCCAAGCCUCGGCUAUUCUGAGGACCCUGAGCUGCCGGGUCUGUUCCACCCGGUGCCUGGCACACCCCGCCGGCCACCCCCGCCGCCAGAGGAAGGAUCCCCGGGUGCCGUCUACCUUCUCUGCAAGCAGGGCAAGAGUUGGCAUUACCAGCUGUGGGACUACGACCAGGUCCAGGACAGCAACCUGCAGCUGACAGAAUUCUCGCCCGAACGGGCGGCUGACGGCCGGGCAUACGUGGUGCCUGAGGGCGGGGUGCGGGCCGGCCUCUGUGGCCAGGCACUGCUGCUCAGCCCUAAGGACUCCGGCCGCUAGCCUGCGGCAGCCCUGAGCCCACUGACAGGGCCCCCGGCCACAGCUCAGCUCGGUCACAGUUUGAAGGUGCCCCAGUGUCUCCCUUUUCCCAACAGCCCAUGGGCAUGGGCUGUGUUCCUGAGGACCUCCAGCCCGAGAUCCUCUGUGCAGAGGCCCCUCCUGCGCCCACUACCCUGUCCAUCCAGUCCCAGUCCCCUUCUCCCACCCCCACCCCCCAAUACUGACCCCCUGCUGUGUGGCUGGGGGCAAAGCCAGGAGCCGGCUAGACAAGCUCCCUGUCCAGGGAGGACCCUGAUGACAGCUUGGCCAGCAGGUCUUGUCUGUCCCACGUGAAUGUUGCAUCCAGCCAUUCUCACUGGUGACCACCCUCCCCUCCCUGGACAGGAGCCUCCUCAUUAGACCCCUUGCUGCCCACCCCCCUCCAAUGUCCAUUCCUGUGGAGCCUAGGAAGCCAUGCCUUUUAAAAUGCAAACCAGGGCACUGGGCGGGGCAUCCGACUUGGGCUCAGGUCAGGAUCUCACUGUUC